CACCCCUGAUUGUUGAUAGAAAACAAAUCAAAGGUACAGCAGCUUCCAAAACAAUAUCCGGAACAUUUUUAUGUUUCAUCGAGUUUAAUACCAGAUUUAAAAAUAUCCUUUUUAAUGACAUUAGAAAACUUUCGUUAAUAACAUGCAAGACUCAUCAUUACCCGUGUUUAAGAAGCAAACUCUUGCUGAGACAAAUCCAAUAGCGGGAAACAAGAAGCGUACAUGGAAAUCGCUUAAACAGAUCAUUGCCUACGAACGUACCUUACCCUGGAAGGAAUCGGAUGUGACGUAUUCCUCAAUAAACGCACCGCCAUCGUUUGUGCCAGCUAAAAAGUAUUCAGACAUUUCGGGGCUCAUUGCUCCCUACACUGACCCUCACUCCAAGCUGCAUUACCACAAUGCGGAGGAAUUUCAAACCGUCAGGAGUUUACCGAUGGAUCUUACAGCUGGAUAUCUGGCUCUUCGUGGAGCGAGUAGUAUUGUGUAAAUUUUGUUUAGUGAUUCGAUAAUAUACAGUAUGAUACAAUAUAAAUGUAAGAUAUGUAUUUACACUGCGAAAGGAUUUUCAAACUCAAAAAUCAGUGUCCUUUAGCGAUUAUCUAACCGAUCAACGCUCAGGCUUAUUGUAUUGUAUGUUAGAGAUAAUAAUUCAAAGUGACAAUACAAUACGGUAACCAUCGAAUAAAAUAUAUAAUUUACUUAUCAGUUAUCAUUGGUUCUGCCCAAAGACAUUAUCAAGAUAUCUAGCU